GUGCACACCGUGUCUAAUACCGAGGAGCUUAAGAACACAAUACCCCGCAGCACUGUAACCAAGGAGAGAGAAAAGCGAGAGGUACCGUUAUACAGCAUAGGAUAAGGAGUCAGAACGAGGGUUUAACUGAAAAACCACGUCCACCAGACGACAGAAAUUAACAAAAAAACUGCAUUCUGCAGAAAAUAACAGGAAACCUGCGAAUUAUUUUAAAUAUUUCUCCUUCUGUUUAUUUUUUCUGGGUACCGGUAAUGGAUGGAUGUGUAUAGGAUGUAACCUCGUUUUUGUCAUUUCCACUCUGCAUUUUAUGAUUCUUCUACGACAAGGGAAUUGCAAAGGAAAUCUGCAUACAAAUAGGAUUUUGGGGUAACCGAGUAACAGACUCAUACACACGGACACAAAAAGAGGCAAAACGCAAAGGAGAAAGAGGGGCAGAUGAAUGAUUAACUCAAACUGUUUACAUGAGGAUUGGUUCGCUGCUUAUCGGAUUGAGGGAGCUUGCAAUGGAACGACUGAACAGACGAGGGACCUGGAACAAACGGGUGCUGCUUCUCUACGUGGCCUUCGGACUUAUAACCGGUAACUCAUCUACGGUGUUGGGAACCCUGGACCUACAGCUGGAUGAGGAGCAGCCAGCUGGCACUAUCGUGGGGGACAUCAGUGCUGGGCUGCCCCCUGGAACCACUGCCUCCUUGUACUUCAUCACAGACUUGGAAAGCACUGGGGUUGGCAGCGACUUGCACAUUGAUGAAACCACCGGCAUUAUUAAGACAGCCAAAGUCCUGGACCGGGAGACCAGGGACCGCUACAACUUUAUUGCUGUCACCAUGCAGGGGGUGACAGUGGAGGUAACAAUUGUGGUCAAUGACAUCAAUGACCAUGCACCCAGCUUCCCCAAGAGCAGGGCCACUUUAAAGAUCCCAGAACAAACAGCAAUAGGGACUAGGUUUUCCUUAGAACCAGCAUCUGAUGCUGAUAAAGACCAGCUCAGUACACAGGGUUACCUAGUAAAAGAUGGCAACAUGGGACAAGCUUUCCGACUUCAGACCAAGAGAGGCUCCAAUGAGGUCUUGUACUGUGAUCUUGUGGUAAAUGGGAUCCUGGAUCGAGAGCAGAUUUCUUCAUAUUCCUUGUACUUGGAAGCUUUUGAUGGUGGCUCUCCAAGGAAGACAGGGCAUAUGAUUCUGGAUGUCUUGGUCCAAGAUAUUAAUGACAAUGCCCCUGUCUUUAAUCAGAGCCGCUAUCACACCCAGAUCUCUGAAAACAUGAAGCCUGGUAGCACGAUUCUGCAGGUGUUUGCCUCAGAUGCCGAUGAGGGAGACAAUGGAUUAGUCAUUUAUGAGAUUAACAGAAGGCAGAGUGACCCUGAGCGAUACUUUCUUAUUGACCCACGCACAGGCAUAAUAACCCUCAGCAAGCCCCUUGACUAUGAGAUGAGAAAAGUCCAUGAGCUGGUUGUCCAAGCUCGGGACAAUGCUAGCCAGCCGGAGAUCACCAAUGCUUUCGUGUCCAUCCAUGUGCGUGAUUACAAUGAUAACCAGCCUACCAUGACCAUCAUUUUCCUCAGUGAGGAUGGGUCCCCACGGAUCUCUGAGGGAGCCCAACCAGGCCAGUAUGUUGCACGAAUUUCGGUAUCUGACCCAGAUUAUAGCGAGUACUCAAAUGUAAAUGUCUCUUUGGAAGGGGGAGAUGGCAAGUUUGGUCUAACCACUAAGGAUAACAUCAUCUACCUCAUUUGUGUUGACAAGAUCUUAGACAGGGAAGAAAGAGAUUCCUAUGAACUGAGGGUGAUGGCCACUGACUCAGGGACCCCUCCAUUGAGGGCAGAGUCCUCAUUUACAAUUCAGGUCACUGAUGUCAAUGACAAUCCCCCUCUUUUUGACCAACAGGUAUACAAGCAAACUAUCCCUGAGGUUGUCUACCCUGGCAGUUUUGUCCUUCAGGUGACAGCCAGGGAUAAAGACCAAGGUCCCAAUGGGGACGUCAAAUAUAGCAUCCUGCAGGACCGUGGGACACAUUCUGAUUGGUUUACAAUCGACCCAGUUACCGGGAUCAUCACCACUGCAACAGAGCUGGAUUACGAGAUGGACCCCAAGCCAAGAAUCACUGUGGUGGCUACAGAUGGAGGCCGACCUGCUCUGUCUUCCACAGCUGUGGUCAAUGUAGUCUUGCAGGAUAUAAAUGACAAUGAGCCUGUUUUCGAUAGUAACUUCUACAAUGUCUCAAUCAAGGAAAACACAGCAGCUGGAACUUGCUUUCUUCAGGUGACGGCAACAGAUGCAGAUGGAGGAUCUUUUGGCACCAUAUUCUACUCCAUAGGCUCUGGGAUCGGCAGCGUGAUCCCCACCCAGUUCACCAUCGGGAAAGAGACGGGUCAAAUUUGUACCAGCUUAUCCCUGGACCGGGACCAGGGGCCCUCCAGCUACGACUUCACUGUCACUGCUGUGGAUGGGGGGGGGCUCAACUCCAUGGCCUAUGUGAAAGUGUUCCUGGUUGAUAUAAAUGAUAAUAGUCCAGUUUUCUACCCGAUCCACUAUGCAGUCAGCCUCAGCACGCAGAGUGCACCUGGAACCUCCGUCAUUAAGGUGACCGCCCACGAUCAGGACGAGGGGCAGAAUGGGAGGGUGACAUACAGCACAGCCCCUGGGGGCAGCUCCCCAUACUUCACACUCAACAAAGACACAGGAGUCAUCUCGUUGUCUCGCUCUCUCCAUGGGAAGGUGAACUCUGUGAUCCAGCUGGUUAUCUCAGCACAGGAUGGGGGCGGACUAACAGCAAAGGUCAAUGCCCAUGUCAACAUCAGUGUUGUUGCAGGCUCAGUGGUGCCUCCAGUGUUUGAACAAGCACACUACUUCUUCACGGUGUCCGAGGAUGUCCUGAGGGGGACACAAGUAGGCAUAGUGCGAGCAAGCAGUGGACAUGGUCGUUCGGAGGGAGUCUACUACACUAUAUCUUCUGGAGACUCCGAUGGUUACUUCACUGUUGACUCAGAGACAGGUGCCCUUCGAACCAGCCGCCCACUGGACCACGAAGCCCAGCCCUCUUUGGAGUUAGAGGUACAGGCCCGGAGUGGGUCACCACCAGCAUUUGGACAAACACAAGUCCAAAUUACCAUUGUAGACAUCAAUGACAAUGCUCCCUCCUUCCUGCCCUCAUCCUCCGAGUCCUUGCUACUGGCAGAGUCCACUGAUAUGGGCACAUUGGUGUACCAUGUGAGGGCAGAGGACCGUGACUCAGGACCCAAUGGGCAGCUGCACUUUGACCUACUCUCCAGUGGGGGGCAGCGUACCUUUGGCAUUGAGCGCAGCACAGGGGAUAUCCGGCUUAUUGGUGGCUUGAGCUACGAGACUAUGCCCCGUUAUGACCUUAAAGUGGUGGCUAAGGACAGUGGGGUCCCCCAGCUGAGCACCACCUUCACACUGGUUGUACAUGUGCAGGCAGAGAAUGACCAAGGCCCUGUUUUUGACACUCUCACCUACCGCGUGGAGCUGAAAGAAGGGACCCCACUCAACACUCGCUUUCUCCAGGUGAGGGCGUUGAAUCGCGAGACCACUACUUCCAGCAGCACUACAGGGUCUUCUUCCACCAUACUGGCAUAUCAUCUCCGCCCAGAUGGAGACGCAGCUGGAUUUGGGAUUGCCCCUGACAGUGGAUGGCUAUUUGUUAAGAGUGUACUUGACAGGGAAACUAAGGACCUUUACCUGCUGACUGUCCUGGCCACCUCGGGUACUGGGCAGCUGAAGAAAACGGGCAGCGCCACUGUGCGUAUUUCAGUGACAGACGAGAAUGACAACUCUCCUCGGCUCACCCAGGAGCGUGCUUUCUUGGCCGUGCGAGAGAACCUGCCCCCAGGGACUGGGUUUGGGAGGGUGGCUGCCACAGAUCGGGAUGCAGGUCUCAACAGUCGUCUAACCUUCAGACUCCUGCAUCCUGACCGAAAUUUUCAGAUGAACUCCCAGACAGGUGAGAUCAGCACUCGGAUGGCCCUGGACCGUGAGCACCAGUCCAGUUACCAGUUGGUUGUGGUGGUCCAGGAUGGGGGAACCCCUCCACGUAGUGCCACAGGCACCGCCCAUAUUACUGUACUGGAUGAGAACGACAAUGCUCCUGCCUUCACACACGCACCCCCUGGGAGGGAGCUUGUACUGCAGGUGUUGGAAGACAAGCCCCCUGGAACCUUGCUCGGCUCAGUUCAAGCCAAAGAUCCUGAUGAAGGUGAAAAUGGGACAAUCUACUACUUGCUAUCUGGCCCCAGGGCAGAGCGUUUUUCCCUAAAUCCAAACACUGGAGAGCUACGGUUAGCUGCCCCCCUGACCCGCACCGACAGGGCUGACUAUACCUUCACCGUGACAGCUACAGACAGGGGUGCAUCUCCACAGAGCACCUCUGCAACCCUGCGCAUACAGGUCCUGAAUCACAGUAAGUUCCUGCCCGGCCCAGGCUCGCCCACUUUUACCCUGAAUUCUUUAGAGGGUAUCAAACCAGGAUCAGUGGUGGGUUCUGUGGGCUCAAAAGACCUCCAGCGGUACCCAGAGGAGGGUCAAGUGACUUACACAGUAGUGGGCAGCACAGACCACGACGGCACAUUUGUGGUGGACAGAUUGACAGGUGAUAUCUAUCUUGCACGAGAGCUAGAUUACGAGCAAGGGGCACGUUAUACCCUUCAGAUUGAGGUGGACGACUUCUCCAGAGCCUACCCAACCAGCCGGAUCAUCCUAGUAGAUAUUGACGUGCAGGAUAGCAAUGACCAUGUGCCGCAAUUCCCAGAGGACCCGGUGACCAUUGUCAUUCCAGAGAACAUGGUGGCUGGAUCUUCCAUCUAUACCUUCCAGGCUGUGGACAAAGAUGGAAGUGGCCCAAACAGUGACAUUCAGUAUUCCAUCCUCCAGCAGUGGCCCACUAAGGAUCAGAACCUAGCACUAGACCCUGUGACUGGGGUUGUGACUCUGGGAAAGAGCCUGGACCGCGAGGUUACACCCUCCCUCCUCCUCAUUGUGCAGGCAACGGACCAAGCACUUAACGUUAGCCAGCGGCGCUCCAGCUCUGUGACAGCGCGAAUCUUUGUGACCGAUGAAAACGACAAUGCACCUAUCUUUAGCUCCCCAACCGCUGUCAGUGUCAUGGAGGACCAGCCAAUUGGCUUUGUUGUCCUCUAUGUGAUUGCCAGAGACUCUGAUUUGGGGGAGAGCGGGCGUGUGGCAUAUCGAAUUCAAUCAGGGAAUGCUGGCGGCAGGUUCACUCUGAACCCCAACUCUGGUUCCCUCUCCAUAGUGAAGGCUUUAAACCGGGAAGAGCAAGGACUCUACAAUUUGACUAUUGUUGCAGAGGAUCAUGGUUUCCCCCAGCGCACUACCUUGCAGCUACUGUCUGUUCAGGUGAUAGAUGUAAAUGAUGAGGCCCCUCAAUUCCGGGAAGUUGAAUUUGAGGCGCAAAUCUCAGAGAACCAGCUUGCUGGCACCUCCAUACUGACAGUCACUGCUACAGACUGUGACCAAGGUUCAAAUGGCUUUGUGACAUAUGGAGGGAUAGUGGAGGACGGGUUUACCAUUGAUCAAGCAACAGGAGUCGUAACAGCAACCCGAGCCCUUGAUCGUGAAGUGCAAGACCGCUACACUGUCACAGUCUAUGCUAAAGAUGGUGGACUCCCUCCUAAUUUUGCCACAGUGUCAGUGAGGAUUACAGUCUUGGAUGAGAAUGACAACUCGCCUGCUUUUGAAAAAGACCUGUACCACCUAGAGGUGCCAGAGAACCAAGAGCCUGUGGCCUUGUUCACCAUGAAAGCCAUGGACCGCGACGCUGGAGAGAAUGGCAGGGUGGCGUACAAGAUUGUUGCAGGGGACCCAGCUGGUGAUUUCCAUAUUGAUGUCAACUCUGGUGUCCUCUCCACUUCCCAGCCCCUUGACAGAGAAAGGGUUGCCAGCUAUUAUUUGACCAUUGAAGCACAGGAUCAUGGGACACCCCAGCUGAGUAGCACAGCCAGCUUGGUUGUUACAGUCCUGGAUGUCAAUGACAACAACCCCGUAUUCAAAGAAGGCACUUACGCUAUUGAUAUCUCUGAAGACGCCCCAAUUGGUACUUUGGUGCUUGACAUAACCGCCACAGAUGCUGACGAUGGAACUAAUGGCAUGGUCCUGUACUACCUGAGCAAUGAAUCACUAGGCAUGUUCAAUGUGAAUCAGGAGACUGGGAAGAUCACUACAGCUAGUAUGCUGGACCGGGAGAAGCGAGCAGCGUACAGCUUCCUGGUGAAUGCUGUGGACUCCUCCCCUGCCAAACCACGAAAUGCAAGUGCAAGGGUGACAGUCAAUAUCAAAGAUGUCAAUGAUAACUCGCCCUUUUUCAUCCAGGACCCACUGAUCAUCAACAUGUCCAGCAGCAUCUCAAUCAACCAGGUGGUGGCCACCAUGAGAGCAGAAGACAAAGACUUUGGGGCCAAUGCAUCCAUUUUCUAUCGCUUUGCUUCCCUGGUGGCCGGGUUUAGCAUAAACUCUUUCACAGGUGAAAUACAACUAGUGGCCCCGCUGUCCUCUAUGACCCAAAUGGAGAGGACCUUGUAUGUGGUGGCCACGGACCAGGGCACACCUGCACAGUUAUCCACAGGGGUGGUGGUCAUUUACGUCAAGGAGGAGGACUACAGAGGAGUCCGCUUUCCACGCAGUGCCAGAGAUGUCUCCCUGCAAGAAAAUGCAGCCUCAGGCACUGCAGUGGUUCAGAUCCAGGCGCAGUACCAUGAUGGCUCCAGAAGAGGAAUCAGCUAUAGCAUCUUCAGUGGAAAUAAACUCAGUUCAUUCAGUAUCCGUCCCACCACAGGUGAGAUCUGGGUACAGAACUCAGAUGGCCUGGAUUUUGAGAAGACUCCACGGCUCCGCUUAGUGGUGAAAGCAGACUCUGCAUCCUCUCUCUCUUUCAUGGCUGUCAAUCUCAACCUCCAGGACGUCAACGACAACCUCCCACGAUUCCAGCUUCAGAACUACAUCGCCUAUAUCUGGGAAGCACAGGGCUAUGACUUCCCCAUCAUCCAGGUAUUGGCAGACGACCCAGACCAGGGCCAGAAUGGUCAGGUGACCUAUUCUAUUAAGUCGUCUACAAUGAGUGGGCUCUUCAAAAUCGACCCCCUGACAGGAAGUAUAACAACAGCAGCCAUAAUGGACAGAGAAAUCUGGACUCACACAAAGCUGGUUGUUACGGCGACAGACAGGGGAAGCCCAAAGUUAGCUGGCACAGCUACUCUCACCGUGGUCAUCGUGGACCUGAAUGACAACAGUCCUACAAUCCCACUGCCACAAGAGCUUCGAGUGCCUGAGAACACCUUAAUUGGUACAGAGAUCACCCAGGUUACAGGAAAUGAUGUGGACUCAGGCCCUGCUCUCUCAUACACACUUCUGCUGGAUGGCAGCUCCAUUGGAAAGUUUGGAAUCCAUCGAUAUGGGGGCGUGAUCUCACUGACUGCCCCGCUUGACUUUGAGGAGAGGAGCUGGCACACACUUACCAUCUGCUCCUCUGACUCCAAACACAAAAGUGAGGCAAACCUGACCGUGCUUGUGGAAGAUGUGAAUGACAAUGCACCUGCUUUCACCCAGGACCUCUACCAGGUAACACUGCCUGAGCACUCGCCACCUGGCAACUCAGUUGUCACGGUAACCGCUACUGACCAAGACUCUGGCAACAACGGGAAGAUCACCUACAGGGUGAUGUCAUCAACCAGGGGCGGCUUUUACAUAGACCCGAGUAAUGGUACCCUGUUUAUAUCUCAGAGGGCAGAAUUUGACCCUGAAAAGCCCUCCGUGAGUGUGGUGAUCGAAGCACGGGAUGGUGGAACACCAGCUCUGUCAUCCAACACUACAGUUCAAGUGCAGGUUUCAGAUGUCAAUGACAAUGCACCACUCUUCAAACAAUCAGAGUACAAAGCCACCAUCUCGGAGGACCUGUUGCCAGGCUCCACAAUUCUGACAAUUGAGGCAGUGGACAGCGACCUCUCACGGGAGAACUGUGGCUUUGACUUUGCCAUUGCCAGCGGGAACCCUGGGAAUGCCUUCCAGAUUGAGAGCAGUGUCCGCUUCCUGGAGGGACAGGGUUUUCAGACAGUGGGGACACUCAUACUGGUGGAGCAUCUGGAUUUUGAGACCAUGUCAAGGUACAAUUUGAGUAUAGUAGCCUCAGACCGAGGGGUCCCCCAAAGAAGCUCAAGUGUGCCUGCUGUAAUUACCAUUACCGACUCUAAUGACAAUCCCCCCUCCUUUGGACAUACAGAAUACAACGUGGUGCUGAGCGAAGGAGCAGCAGCCGGUACCGAGCUCUUGCGAUUAUCUGCCAAUGAUCCAGACUCCGCUCCCAAUGCUGUGAUCCGCUAUGUCAUCAGCUCAGGGGAUGAAGAUGAGCUGUUUGGAAUGGAUGAGUGGACGGGAGCACUCAGGCUCCUGCGGCCACUGGAUCGUGAAGCCAAGGCUUCUCACAUAGUUAUUGUCCAAGCUUCAGAUGGGCAGGGGCAGUUUGCCCUGGCUCCAGUGAGUGUGGAAGUCAAAGACAUUAACGACAAUAAGCCCUACUUCCCCUUGGAGACACUGACAGCCAGCAUACGAGAAAACCAGCCGCUUGAUUCUCUGGUCACUGUCCUGCAUGCUAUUGAUUUUGACGCUGGUGUCUAUGGCCAGGUACGCUACUACAUGGUCGACCAAACCGGGCAGGGAAAGGACUCCUUUUCAGUUAAUCAGGCCUCAGGAGAGGUGAGAGCCAAGCUGACCUUUGAUUUCGAGAAGGACAACACCUUCCAGUUCGUAGCACUGGCUUUGGACACUGGCAACUAUUCAGCCACUGUGACUGUGCAAGUGCUGGUGACUGGAGAGGAUGAAUAUGAUCCAGUUUUUGUCUCACAAGCUUACUCAUUUGAAGUGCCAGAGGGAGCCACAAAAGGCCAGAGCAUUGGGCAAGUGUUAGCUAAAGAUGAAGAUGCUGGUGCAGACGGAAUUGUGCUCUACACAUUUUCUAAUGGCUCACCUUAUUUUGGUGUCAAUAAAACCACAGGGGUGAUCUACCUGAAGAUGGACAGUCAAAGUCGCCAUAGUGGGGUACGAUCAAAGAGAGACACACGGCAGAUGAACCUUGAAAUAGAUGCCCAUAGCCCGUUACCAACUUCUCGCAUUACCACUGCCCAAGUCAACAUUGAUGUCACGCACACUUCUUUCGGACUGCCCCCUGAGUUCAACUUUUUUUUGGUCAUUGUCAUAGCAGCUUCCCUUGCGGCCAUCGUGAUCCUAGCAGUGAUUGCUGUGGCCUUGUUUGUGGUAAGAUCUAGGCAAAAGAAAAAGGAGGAAAAUGACAAUGCCAACAUUGCCUCAUCUGGCACUGCCAUGCAGAAACUUGAUGAAGCCCACUUAACAGGCAGAGAGAGGAUUUACCACCAGGCUCUGCCCGGAUAUACAAGCGAGCAAACCUCAGGCAUAGGUGGCACAGGUGGAGGAGCAUACACAAGGGGAGGAUCCCUUGAUCCCUCACACUCCAGUGGACGUGGCUCAGCAGAAGCCGCAGAGGAUGAUGAAAUACGAAUGAUCAACGAGUAUCCACGGGUAUCUAGCAUAUCCUCCUCCAUGCAGGACCACCUCUCAACACGGGGACCUGAUUCUGGGAUCCAGCAGGAUGCAGACCAGCUUUCAGACAUCUCCUGUGAACCAGGAAUGGAGGCAGGGCAGUGGUACAAGGGGAAGAAAAUUGGCAACCUCAGUGGAACACUAUUACCUGGACAGCAUCCCAUUUACAGAGAUGAGGGUGGGGGGUACCUGGGGGUUGGGCGGGGACUAAAUAUUUCACACCCUAAGGAUUAUGCCUUCCCUGAGGAUGGCAAGCCUUCAGUGGAUGGCUCCCUCACAGCUAUUGUGGCCAGUGACGAAGAGCUUAGGGGCAGCUACAACUGGGACUACCUGCUGGACUGGUGCCCGCAAUUCCAACCCCUGGCCAGUGUCUUUACAGAGAUAGCUCGGCUCAAGGAUGAAACUGCUCCCCCCAACCCCAGAAGACCCUUUCAGCCCAAAGCAAAGACAGAUCCCAAACCAAGAAUAGAUCCGCCACCUCUUAUCACUUCUGUGGCACACCCGGGGGCCAAAUCGGUGCCUCCAAAACCAGCCAUUGGACGGACCUUUCCUCACCUGGCUUCUCUCCGCCGUUCCCCCAUCAGCCAUGAGGGCUCCAUAUCAUCAGCAGCCAUGUCCCCUAGCUUCUCCCCCUCCCUCUCCCCACUGGCAGCCCGAUCACCUGCUGUCUCCCCCUUCGGUGUUACCCAAGGGCCCUCAGCCUCCGUGAUUAGUACCACUGAACACUCUCUAGACCACCCAAGUGAAGCAGAGAUGAGAAUUUAACUCACUGAACACAGCUGUUGCUUGACGGGGAACCUUCUGUGAAAUGCAUUUUUUGAGUGUACAUUUGAGGAUGGACAUACAGUGGAGUUAUCUCUCAAGUCUGAUAACUUUGAGGGUUAAGUUGAAACUGCUUGAUAACAAGGGCAUACUUUAAUUAGUAGGCCUUUGGAUACAAAAAAAAAAAAAACAAUUGAAAACCUUGUAGUAUUGAAACUCAAUCUGUAAAUAUUGUUUGGUGUUGAGAAGUCAAACAUUCCGAUAUUCUGUGGUCAGUUUCCCAUUAAUAUUAAGGAUCCUUUUGUAAGGGUAUACUAGUCUUUCUUUGAACAAGACUGUGUAAUGUAUUUCUCUGGAUUUCUCCUCCGGUUCCUUUUGCCUCACCAAUAUUGACCAGCACUGGACAAUAUAUUCUCUAAGCCAGUACACCCAAAAACAAAAAGGAUUCAUAAAUGACUGGUUUGGUGAGUGUUCUGCGCCUGCCAAAUAUUUUGUUAGGGACAAAGGUUGUUAAAUGGCCCAUGUCUGCCAGCCAGCACUUUGAACCAGAAUUAGGCCUGUCAGUGUUUAAUUGACCUGUAUUUCAAUUGUUGGAAGUAUUAUGUAAUGGUAUUUGUUUUAAUGCUUGGUCCCCUGGACCACCUGAAAGUGUGAAUGUUAUUGUAUGUCAAACAACUAGACCUUUCAACUGUGACAGAUUUUACUUGGUAAUUAAACUCAAACUGAUUCUUAGGGGUGUUACUAGGUUUAUGGUGCUUCCCAUUGUGGAUACCUUCCAAACUUAGCCUGAAACUGAUCUGAAUCCCUGGAUAUAAGCUGGUUGUGAGGUAUAGUUUGUGUGUUCCUCACUGGCUGGCCAGGAGGCUGAGAGUAUGUGGUUCUUAAUAGAGGCUGGGAGGUCGGAAAAUGUUUAAGCUUUAAUGCUGUUAUGGAGAACUUAAUGGCUCUCCAUACCUCAUUUUGUUUUACAACAUCACAGUUUAGAAGAAGAGCUGUGCUACAGAGGCCAGAAGAUAUCAGAAACUAUCAAAUACUGAGCAGCACCUAAAAACUAAAUACUCUUUUGUUUAGGCUUUUUAUUAUUAAUUUUUAAAAAGACGUUUGUUUCAGACUACAGUGUGGCAUCACCUUUUGUCAAGGGAGGCCAUUGUCUUGUUACAGUAUAAAGGUAUGAAUGUAUUGUACAGCCAGAAUAACAAUUCGUGCAUAUGUUUAAUUCAGAGACUGAUGUUGUUUGUGUCUGUGGAUGAUUAGAAAACUCCUUUUUGUUGUUACAUUAAUAAAUAUUUAUAAAAUACUGCUCGCUAAACCUGAAUGAACAAAUGGAAUUAUUGAGAUGUGGAAGUAUCAGGAAUCUCUUGCUCUCUUCGGAGACAAUGUUUUGAUUAUUUACCCCUGACAAUCCAAAACCAAUAUGGCUGCCAUGUAAAAGGGGAAAAUGACAGCCUGGCUAUGAAAGGGGCAGCGGUACUGGAAGAGGAAAUUACAUUCUGGUCCUGACUUCAGGUUCAAUAACGUCUGUCAGCAGUGCUGACCAUACUUAAUUUAUAGACUUUUUCUUACUAAAUAAUUGUAUGUAUAGUUUUGGUUAGUUUCUUUUUGUUGUUGUUGCAGUACAACAUUGCAGUAAUGUGUGUUUGAUUUAUAUUAAUAUUCUGCACAGUGUUUGUGGGGAUUUUGCUUUUCUCUUUGUCUCUCCUUGAUUCUUGUCUUGUACUCUCUAGUUCUGGCUUUGACUAUCAUUUACUGUCAAAAAAGAAGAGUGGAAAUAUAUAGUUUUAUUCUCAUACGUGGAAGCAGAAACCUCAAAACUUCCUAACUUUUUCCCAUAUCAGGGCCAACUUUACUUACAAAACAAGAGCAGAGAGUGAUAAAAACAAUAUUUUACCAUAUAGAAAAAAGUGGAUAGAAUUCAUAACUUAUGAAAUAAGCAAUUGAAAGCAGUGCUUAACACUUUUAUAAGAUAAAAAUCAAGCACACAUGUACAGUAUACAAAAAACUGGAAGAUGCCUUAACUGAUGGACAGCACUCAGUGGUGGGUAAUGUUUUGUGCACUUGAUAUGUACAAUUACCCUUGUAUGAUGAAGCGCUGCACUAGAGUUUUUAAGCAGCUGAUAGGUUAAAGGAUCAUUUGGAAAUAAUACAUUGGUGAAAACUGAAAAAAGUAGGUUGUUUGUUACUGUGAUGCAACUUGGCAAUUCUGAAAUGUCCUUCAGUUAUAGUCUUCAAAGUAUUUAUUUAUCUGAAAGGUGAAAAGGAUCACAAAACUCUCCACUCCAACAUCCUAUAGACUUCCGUGAUGCCUUUUGGUCUCCUCCCUUUGGAGAGGGCUAAGCAAUACGUUUUCUAACAUAAUCAAUAAUAAAAAAUAAUAAUCAGGGUUGUGGAACCACAAGGAGGUCAUGUAACUCUUGUUUAAGAAACACACCCUGCUAGAUCUGUGCUUAUAGGAACCAUAUGUUACAGAAAAAGUCAGAAUGGGGUCAAUCUGAAGUUUUACCGGUAAAUGUCAGCAUUUACCAAAUGAGGUGGUAAAUGACCGAAAUUAUGAAGAAAUAAAGCUUUUUGGACAUUUAUCAGUUAAUUUUAUGGUUUUCCGAAGCAUAUUGGUAAAUGUAGGUAUAUAAUCGAAGAAUCUAUUUAUUACUGCAUAUAAAUUGUCAAUUAACAAAAUAAUCAUUACAUUGAAGAAUAUAUUUAUUUCUGCAUACACAUUUUCUAGUAACAAAGUAGUAAAUAAUGAGCUUACAGUAAUGCACAAUUGAGCAAUUUAAACUAGUUCAACAUGGUACUGAACAAUAUUAUGAUCCACUUAUGCAUAACAACCAACAUUCUGGUAAAUUUGCAUAUAAAACACAAUUUGGGAUUUCAUAACUGCUCCUCAUACUACACUGCAUCCAAUUCUAUUGAGCCAAAGGCUGCCUUGAAUUAACUCUCAUUUCCCAUCUGUAAAUAUGGGCUGCCACAUCUGCCAAGUUCCCAGCUUUGUUCACAUCAUAGCCAUUCUUCUAGUCCCUCAGUGUUACCGCUGGGACAGUCUACCUCCUCUUAUUUAGGGUAUAUUUUAUGGUAUUGGCAAUUGAUGUGGGUUGACUGACACUUCCCCAAUUUGAAAUUUAUGCUUGAUCAGUCUUGAAUGGAUCACCAGAGUCAAAAGACCCCUUUUUGAUUCCAGGAGCAUUGUGUGUUACCCUAGAUCACAGUGUUAAAAACUGUUUUUAGUAUUUGUAGCUGAAAAUAUUUUAUAUAAAUGUAAUGUAAUUGUUUAUCAUGCAGGUCAACACAAAAUAAAAACAAUAUUUAAUCUGGACUUUUAUUGCAGGAAUAAGGCACCUAAGAUUCUGCUAUUCUGCAGUUUAAGUGCAUUAUAGUGUUGUACAGGGUUAGAAAAUCUAAUGUGCGUAACUAUGAAUCACUAACAUGUGAAUGAUCUGAAAGUUAUUAGGAAUGAGUUAACAUGGCUGCAGUUUCUGGUUACCAAGAUUUUAGCUACCAUUGGCACUGAAACGGCAGAUAGUUAUUACUUAAGUAUGCCAUAAAAUAAAGUAUGUAAUUAUCAUUGUAACUAAUUCAUCAAAAACACCAGACCUUUGGAAUGAAAAAGUUUAUUUAAAUAAAAUGUAGAUUUGUUAGUUUGGAGUUGAGCAGACUGAAAUACUUAAUUUUAUGAAUUAAACAAACCACACGCCUUAAGCCUGUAAAAUCUUGAAAUAACAUUUAAAAGAAAAAAACAAGAUUGCAUUCUCAUUGGCUUUGGUAUAAAAUUGAUAUUGUCAAGUUUGAAUCAAUGGAAAUCAGAGCCCAAUGUACAGUACAUGAUGAACAACUUUUCACUGAACACAAUUAUAAUUCCUGAAAGAUUUGAACUGCCCGUGAACAUUUGUAACUCAAGCCAUGAAGUAAAUAAUUUGGGUUAUACAAUGUCACGCAAAGCUUGAAUAGAAUUGUUUAUGGUGUAAUUUAGCAUUUUCAUAAAACUAACCAGUUAAAAUGAAUAACUCAUGGCCUUUAGAGGUCUGUGCAAAGAUUUGAUCUUUUAUGCACUUUAGCUCAUGUUAAAUUUUUAGUGGGCACAUUGUGGUAUGGCAGAAAUGGGGAAGAGGAGACAUAGAGAUGACAAACUAAAAAACAGGAAAAUAAUUUUGUUUAGCAAGGAAACAACAGGUGCAGACAACAUGUAGUUAAUAUGACAAUAAUUUACAGUUUCUUAUACUGUAGAUUAUGUAAAUACAAAUUAAAAACUGUUUACAGGAAGCUCACAUUAUAACCCAAGCCUACUGAAACAGCAACUGUCAUACAGUGAUUAUAUAUACUGUAUAAAUAUUUUUUUAUAUAGAAUUGAAUAUGUUGCCUUCCUAAUCUGGUCUCAGUCUCACAGCUACUAUGCUUACUCAAUGUAGAGGCUUUUGUGUACAUCAACCUCUUGCUCGAAGCACAUGUGCUAAGCACCAAACCACGUGGUUGAUAAUUGAACACUAAGGUAAAUCAAAUAAGUGAUUUAGAGCUGACUUAAAGCUGUUUCAUAUAAAAGACUUGUCUUUACAACUUAGUUCUGCAUUCAGAACCUUUAUUUACAAAUUAGCACCAUAAGCAAAAACUGAUUUCUAGCUUUCUGUUUAUAAGACCAUCAUAUUCAAUAUGCGACAAGGGAAAAUGUAUUCCAUGUUUAAUUACCUAGAUUCUGUGUUAGAGAUCGAGUUCCAGCUAUGCCUUUUUAUACAUCUAAAGGUUUAAUAAAACUACAAUAUACAGUGGAAACUGUUUAUUAUAUUUGUUUGUUGUUGGCUUAAAAUUAGUUAAAACCCAUUUUAAUGAUGUGAUCCUGGACCCUAGCAUUCUAGUAUUCUCUACAUUUUUUAUGUAUUCUUGAAGUUGCAUGUUGUCUUGGACAUUUGUAUGUAGCCAUCUGUUUUCUGGCACAGAUACUCCAAGACUCUGCCUGUGGACUUUAUACUUGAGCACAGAAGUGCCAAUGUUUCUUUUUGUUGCCAAUUUUUAUAACAAAUUCCUUAAUAAACUUGA